UAAAUGUCACUUAUGCGCUCUGGAGUGGACCUGAGUUGUGUGUAACUUAUCCUCAGACUGCUCACAUUGCUAGUGGUGGGUCUGGCUGUCAAUCACUUUCUCCCUCCCAGCUUUGCUGGAGGACAGAUGGGGCCUGGAGAAGGACAGUGAACGGCCCAUGGGAGAAUCCUUCACUAAUGACUUAUGCUUACUGUUAGGGUGCCAGACAUCUCCCUUACCUUCACACAGCUCCCAAAUAUGGAGGAUGAUGGACAGGAAUCAGUAAGAGAAAGAUUACACUUAGGAGUGUUGAGCAGACCUGGGGUGCGGCAGCUGGCCUAGGGUAGGACAGCAGAGGCCCAGAGGCUGUCCUGUUCCAAUGACGUUGGGAAGGAGGUGGGGGGAGAGUUUGAAAUCAGUGACAGAGAUGGGGUAGGAGAGAUUCUAGAUGAAGUAAACAGCAUUUCAAGGACUCAGAAGCAACUUUAAAGUGACAUGAGGAUGGGCAGGAAUGCAGAGGGAGGGGCAAGCUGGGUCAGAUGAGAGGACCAAACUGAGGAUUCUACAUCAUGAGUACUCUGUCUGAAGCAAAUGGCACCUUUGCCAUCCAUCUUUUGAAGAUGCUAUGUCAAAGCAACCCUUCCAAAAAUGUAUGUUACUCUCCUGUGAGCAUCUCCUCUGCUCUAGCUAUGGUCCUCUUGGGUGCAAAGGGACAGACAGCAGUCCAGAUAUGUCAGACACUUGGUUUGAAUAAAGAGGAAGAUAUUCAUCAGGGUUUCCAAUGGCUUCUCAGGAAGCUGAACCAGUCAGACAGAAAGUACUCCCUUAAAGUGGCCAACAGACUCUUUGCAGACAAAACUUGUGAAGUCCUCCCAACCUUUAAGGAGUCCUGUCUUCAGUUCUAUGACUCAGAGAUGGAGCAGCUCUCCUUUGAUGAAGCUGCAGAGGAGUCCAGGCAACACAUAAACACGUGGGUCUCCAAACAGACUGAAGGCAAAAUUCCAGAGUUGUUGUCAGGUGGCUCACUUGAUUCAGAGACCAAGCUGGUUCUCGUCAAUGCCUUAUAUUUCAAAGGAAAGUGGCAUCAACCAUUUAACAAAGAAUACACAAUGGACAUGCCCUUUAAAAUAAACAAGGAUGAGCAAAGGCCAGUGCAGAUGAUGUGUCGUGAAGACACCUAUAACCUCGCCUAUGUGAAGGAGGUGCAGGCGCAAGUGCUGGUGAUGCCAUAUGAAGGAAUGGAGCUGAGCUUAGUGGUCCUGCUCCCAGAUGAGGGUGUGGACCUCAGCAAGGUGGAAAGCAGUCUCACCUUUGAGAAGUUAACAGCCUGGACCAAAACAAACUUUAUGGAGAGCACUGAUGUUGAGGUUUUCCUUCCAAAAUUUAAACUCCAAGAGGAUUAUGACAUGGAGUCUGUGCUUCAGCGCUUGGGAGUGGUGGAUGCCUUCCAAGAGGCCAAGGCAGACUUAUCAGCAAUGUCUCCAGAGAGAAAUCUGUCUGUGUCCAAGGUUGUUCACAAGAGUGUAGUGGAGAUCAAUGAGGAAGGCACAGAGGCUGCAGCAGCAUCUGCCAUCAUAGAAUUUUGCUGUGCCUCUUCUGUCCCAACAUUCUGUGCUGACCACCCCUUCCUUUUCUUCAUCAAGCACAACAAAACCAACAGCAUCCUGUUCUGUGGCAGGUUCUCAUCCCCAUAAAGGCACACUUGUCAUGUGGGGAGAGUUCACACUUCAGCAUCUCCACCACUCCCACAGCUCUGUGAGGAUGGGCAAAUAAGGGGAAGCCAUGUUCUAAGAUGAGGGCAAUUUCUUCCUGUCAGCCUGAUCUGAUGAUGGCUGACAUCAUCCAUGUCCUGAAUGCAUCUGUGCCCUUUGUCAGGUUAUGUCUAAUGAUGCCAUAUACCCUCUGCUAUGCUACUGGUUGAUAGCCAUAACUUACAGCUAAUAAUUUAUAGCCAAUUAGAACUGAUUCCACUGUACGAGAAUGCUAUAAUGUAGCUGGAGAGAAGGCACAGAUGCUAGGAAAGGUUGCUGCUCUUGCAGAGGACACAGGGACAUUUCCCACCAUCCACGUGGCUGCUUACAACCUCUGGGAAAUUCCAGUUUCCAUCCAUGACUUGAUGACUUUCUUUGGCUUCUACUGUGUCCAGCAUCCUGCAUAUGCACAUAUACUCACUCAGUAACACACAAACAAGUAAAUUUUUAAAAAUAAAUAAAAAUUUAAAAAGAGUCUUAAAUUUCAGUAAUAGCUGCUAUAGUCCUUUUUCAGAUUUUAAUGCCAUUAUUUGUGUGUACAGAGUCAACAGUUUAUAGGUAAACAUCAGUGACACGCCAUGAUCUUACCUUCAUCCCAUCUCAAACUCACUGUGUAACCAUCAAGCAGUGACUUCAUUCUUUAGACAUAUAACCAUCUAUAUUCUCUCUGUCUCUGUAUUUUGAGAUUUUAUAUAGAUUUCCUCUUUGCUCCUUUUAUAAUGUUCUUUGAUGCACACAAAUUGCUUUUUUUUUUCAAUGACAUUCUCCUGAUCAUGAGGUAUGCAUGCCACAGUUAAGAAUUUUACUACUAAAGUCAAGUAUAGAAAUAAAUGUCCCUCUGUUUUCCUCCAAGGCUUUCAUGGAUUAUAGCUUAUAUAUCUAGGAAACUGUUCCAGUUUGAAUUAAAUUCCAUAUAU